CGAAAGCCAUUAAAAUUAGAUCCGAAGGAAAGUGUGUUUUUCUUCUUCUCCUCCCAAUGGCAUCCAAACAGAGAAAAAUGGGACGGACGAGGAUGCCGAUUAGUUGUUGUAUCCCUUUGCUUCUUCUUCUUUCAUCUCUGAUAAUCCCUUCUGGAUCUCACAGCUCAUCAGGAGAUGAUGAAGAUGAAGAUGGGGUUCUUGAUUCUAAGCAGCAGGAGGCUUCAAUGGGGAAAAGGCGCCUCCUUCAAGCCAAGAAAAAUUGUCCGGUGGACAUGGAGAUUCAGAACUACACGGCGAUCACAGGGCAGUGCAAAGGCCCAAAGUACGCGGUCCAGCAAUGCUGCGAUGCCUUUCUGACCGUCGCGUGUCCCUUGUCGGAAUACCUUAACGACCUCACCACCGACUGCGCCUCCAACAUGUUCUCCUACAUCAACCUCCUCGGCCACUACUCGCCGGGACUCAUCUCCAGCUUCUGCAAAGGAGACAAGGUUGGCCUCCCCUGCCCCGCCGGCAAUGGGGGUUCAGCUCCCGCCCCGACGCCCGGUCCGGCUGACGACCACGGCGGCGCAGCCACCUCCCCGCCUGCUCUUUGCCUGGUGCCGUUUCUGCUCUUCUGGAUGCUGUUUUUUUCAUUCUAGAUUUUACUUCUCUUUAAUUUGGUAACUAAUGAAUUUCUCUGUAUCUUCUCUAAGGAAUGUGUGUUUAAAGAAAGGUAAACUGUUUUG